AUGAGUGCGCUGCAGCCUCUACCAAGAUUCUUGCUCCCCAGGCUGAGCUGGACGGCUUCCCUGGGGAGCAGGUCUCUUGCCGGUGUUGUCGUCAUCUCGAGCCCUUUCAGCAAAGAGCAGCACCCCUGCCACGCUCAAGCUCGACAGUUCUCCCAGUGCAAGCCUGCGUCGCGGCGCCUGCACAGAGCUGCAAGCCAGCCAAGCUCGUCAAGUUUGCUACAACAGCCUGCGUUGCGCCGGGCCUUUCAUGCCUCGGCUCCCCGCAGCAGAGACCACCACUUCGACACGCUCAAGUUUGUCCAGCGCCUGCAGAGCGAAGGCUUCACCGAGGAACAGUCCACCGCCAUGAUGAAGGUCCUGAACGACGUCAUCGAGGAGAGCAUCCAGAACCUCACCCGCACCAUGGUCCUGCGCGAGGACGCCGCCAAGGCGACCUACACGCAAAAGGUCGACUUCGCCAAGCUGCGCUCCGAGCUGCUGUCCGCCGACAGCACCGAGUCCAACACGACGCGCGCCGCCCACGAGCGCCUGACCAACGACAUCGCCAAGCUGAGCUCCCGCCUGCGCGACGAGAUCGGCCGCACCCAGGCCAGCGUCCGCCUCGACCUCAACCUCGAGAAGGGCCGCAUCCGCGAGGAGGCCGUCAGCCAGGAGCUCAAGAUCAAGGAGACCGAGACCAAGAUCGAGCAGGAGGUCGCCACCCUGCGCCAGCAGCUCGAGCAGGUCAAGUUCCAGACCCUGCAGUGGCUUAUGGGCGUCUGCACUGGCUUCGCCGCCUUGCUACUCGGUGCCUGGCGCUUGCUGAUGUGA